AUGGCCCCAAAAAAGAAAGGACCCGUUGAAAAACCAAUUUUGCUCGGAAGACCAGGCAACAACUUGAAGUCUGGUAUUGUCGGCUUAGCCAACGUCGGCAAGUCCACCUUCUUCCAGGCAAUCACCAGAUGUCCCUUGGGAAACCCCGCAAACUACCCAUUCGCUACCAUCGAGCCAGAAGAAGCUCGUGUCAUUGUUCCAAGUCCUCGUUUCGACAAAUUGUGUGAAUUGUACAAGCCUAAGUCGGAAGUCCCAGCUUUCAUGACCAUUUACGACAUUGCCGGUUUGACUAAAGGUGCCAGUGCAGGUGAAGGUUUGGGUAACAAUUUCUUGGCCAACAUCAGAGCUGUUGAUGCCAUUUACCAGGUUGUCAGAUGUUUCGAAGAUUCCGAGAUCAUCCACAUUAAUGACGAGGUCAACCCUGUAGCUGACUUGGAGAUCAUCAAGGAUGAGUUGAGAUUGAAGGACAUUGAAUUCGCAACCAAGCAUUUGGAGGGUAUUGAGAAGAUCACCAAGAGAGGUGGCCAGUCUUUAGAAGUGAAGCAAAAGAAGGAGGAGGCCGAAUUGGUCAAGAGAAUCAUCCAGCUCUUGGAAGACGGUGGCAGAGUGGCCAACCAGAAGUGGACACAGAAGGAGGUUGAGGUGAUCAACUCUAUGUUCCUCUUGACGGCCAAGCCAUGUAUUUACUUGCUCAACUUGAGCGAACGUGACUAUGUGAGAAAGAAGAACAAGUGGUUGUUGAAGAUCAAGGAGUGGGUUGACGCCAACUCCCCUGGUGACGUGAUCAUCCCUAUCUCUGUGUCGUUGGAGUCUCACUUGUCUCAAUUGGAGACUGACGAGGAGAGAGACGCCUACUGCAAGGAGAUUGGCGCUCAGUCCAUCUUGCCCAAGGUCAUCACUACCAUGAGACAGAAGUUGGACUUGAUCUCCUUCUUCACAUGUGGUCAAGACGAGGUGAGAGAGUGGACCAUCAGAAGAUACUAUACCGCUCCGCAGGCCGCUGGUGUCAUCCACACAGAUUUGGAGAGAACGUUCAUCUUAGCCAAUGUCAUGAAAUACGACGACUUGAUCGAGCUAGGCGACGAAGCCACUGUCAAGGCCAAUGGUAAGUUGAUGCAGAAGGGUAAGGACUACUUUGUCGAGGAUGGUGAUAUCUUGCACAUCAAGGCUGCCGAGGGUAAGGCAAGAUAA